AUGGCGUCCACCGCUGAGACUCCUCUCUCGCACGAGUGGGCCCUUCCCGAGUCGCUAGAGAGGCUCCUCGCUCUGGAUGCGACCGCGCGCGCCGACGCCAUCGAGGAGUUACUGAAGGAGACGCACCCCAACGUCCUUCCGGUCACCACUCGCGCCUCCUCGACUACACUCGCCCAGGCUCCCUCUGCCCCCUUCCUCGACGCGCUCCACAAGGCUCCCGACUCCAACACAUGGAACAACGCGCCUGCUUUCAGUUCCACGGACAGCGCCUUGCUUGACCUCUUCAACGAGCUCCAGGAUGGCGCCCGUCCUGUGGUGUUGUUUGGGAUGCUUUCUAAGGCUUGGGAGGAGGAUGCGGACAAGACAUUGCGGAUCAUCUUCCACACCCGCUCGAUUCACGAGGGUAAGGGCCUCCGCGUCCCCUUCUUCAACUGCGUCGCAUGGCUCUGGGACAAUCACCCGCGUACCCUCCUUGCCAACCUCCGCCUGAUCGUGGAACCCACAUGCGAGCGCGCGCGCCCCAAGAAGAAGGACGCCGCCAAAGCGGAAGCCAACAACAACGUGAUGACCCUCGAUGAGGACGGCGAGCCGGAGAAGGAGCCGGGGUAUCCUCCCCGGCCCCAUGGCAGUUUCGACGACCUCAAUGACAUCCUGGUCCUUGCGAUAAACGGCCAGCUCACCACGUCAUACACUGGCAGGUUGACCGCCAUCGACGAGGCCCUCGCUCCCGCCUCCAGCCGGAAUUCUUUCAAGGCUGGCCGUCUGAGCAAUGAUAGCAUGCGCAAGCGCCGGGGCUUCGCCAACGCGGCACGGGAAGCUCUCAAGAGCGCCAAAAUCGAACAGAAAGCCGUGGCGAUCUCUGAGCGAGGUGCGGGGAGAGCCGUGAUGACGGAGCCGACUGACGGGGGCCCGUCGUCCAACCAGGAGACACAGGAGACCAGGAAGCGCAAGGUUGUCGAGACCGAGAGCGUAUCUCUCAAGUCCAAGCUGGCGCGCUGUGGUUCAAAGCAGAUGCGCGACGCGGUCAUCGCCGAGCACACCGAUAAGGGCCUCGCCGACCCCAAGGUCCAGAUCCUCAUGACCGAGGUCGUGAACAUUUACACCGACUUCCUCAAGGCCGACCUCGAGCGUCUCCAGGCCCAUAAUGUCUACCUUGAGCGUCCAGAAGCUGAGCGCAAGGGCGACGGGUACGGUGCUCCCAACACGUCCCCUCACCUCUUCGGCAUGACGUACGCCGCCAAGUGGGCUCCGACUCCUGGCAAGAGUGCCGACAAGCAGCUGCACAUUGUCUCGGCUCUCGCCCGCGAGUUUUUCCCGGCGGACAACAAGGCCCGCAUUCGUUUCCAGACCGAGGUCCUCACUCCUCUCCGCCGCGUCCUUGACGUUCCCGAGAGCCAGAUGGUUAAGGGCGAGUGGACCAUCAACUACUCCAAGGUUCCUGCCCGCUGCAUGGCAAGGAACGACACCAUGUUCCUCGAGCACGACCCCAGGGGCUUUGACAAGUAUCUCCUCGCCGUCGCCGCUGGCAAGAGGUCGAUUUCGGCUGCUUCUCUGGUCCCUCACGAGGUCCUGAAGAAAUCACUCGAUCCGAAAUCAUCAUCAGCCAUCAUCAGCCGCGUCGCUAACCUCCAAUGGGCAUCGCUCGUCGACUCGAUCCGCUCGAGUGUCAAGGGCGAGCUGUCCAACUGCAUCGCCGUCGCCGACGUCUCGGGGUCAAUGGGAUCAGUCUACUACUCUUACUUCUCUGGUGGCCAAGUGGAACCCAUCUGGCCCUGUCUCGCCCUCACGCUGCUCAUGACCGAGCUCGCCCGACCGCCCUGGAACGGUACUUUCAUCACCUUCUCAUCCUCACCUCGUAUCGAGCGUGUUGACAACACGCUCCCGGUCUCGGAGCGUGCGCGCAACCUCUCCCAGGCGGACUGGGGACAGUCGACUAACUAUGCGGCGGUGUUCGAUAGCAUCCUGCGCGUUGCCAAGGAGAACAAGCUCGCACCGGAGGACAUGGUCAAGACGGUCUUUGUCUUCUCGGACAUGCAGUUCGACGAGAGCGGGCACUUUGGCGAGACCGAGCACCGAGCGGUUGUCCGCCGCUUCGAGGAGGCCAGCUACCCCAUGCCGGAGCUUGUCUACUGGAACCUCCAGAGUGCAGCAACCAAGCCUGUGCAGGCCGAUACGCCCGGUUGUGCUCUCGUGUCAGGCUUCAGUGGCGCGCUCAUGAAGUACUUCAUCCGUGCGCUGGGUGACGGCGGCGACGAGGAACCUGGGGAGGAUGAGGGCCCGGAGGAGGACGAGGACUGGGACGACCUCGAGGAUCUGAAGAUCGUGCACGACGACGAGGAUAGCGAAGGGAAGAAGACCAAGGCCGAGGCGAAGACGAAGCCGGCCAAGGAGGAGAAGACGCCUAUGGACCACCUCAACGCGACCAUUGCGGCCAAGCCGUUCCGUGGCGUCGUGGUGGUUGACUGA